CCCCGCCAGAGCCCCGCGCUGAUUCACAUGGGCGAUACACAAUGGCUGUGGAUGGAGCGAGCAAUUCGCAUGCCAUCGACCGCGACGAGCUGCGGCGUGGGCUCGUGACCAGCUCCACGAAGCGCAGGGUUUCCGAGCUGUCUGGGCUGCAACACCAGGUGGAUGAAUCCAUCGUCUCUCCCGACCUCAAGUUCCUCCUCGAUCUCCUUUUCGAAACCUACCCGCUGUACGACGACCGCGAAUCCAGACGAGCCGUCGAGCAGGUCCUCAAAUCGCUCAUAAAUAGCCCAAAUGGGUCCGUUGCACUGCCCGCGAUUGUCGACUUCCUGAAGAAGGAAUGCGUCAAGAAAGGCAUAGCACACGUCAAUGCCUUCGUCCUGGUGGACUGGUGCUCGGUGCUGCUCUUACAAUUCGCCAGUGCGCCCGAGCAAUGGCGGAAAUACGGCCUGGAUGUGUCAGUUGCCCUGGCGAGAGUGCUCGAGACGUGCAUGGCGGGUGGGGACAGCCGUCGUGCAGCGCGCAUACAGGAGUCGGCUUUGGUGUCGACGCGCCGGGCUCUUCGUGGACUAUUUCGAUCAAAGGAAAUUGGGGAGGACGCGCUCGCCAGCCUGGUAGCCACGCUCACGACCAAGGGCUCGUCUUCAACGGCUGGAAACGCCGUGUUCCUUGGCGCCAUAGCCGGCGUGUCAUCACGUCUUUCGGCUGUCAAACCGAUUUUGGAGCGCCACAAGCAGGAAUACUACACCUUCUACGUGCGAGAGAUCGUCGGUGCGCGCAGUCAAUUGCCUGACCAUAUCUCGCACGCGUUCCACGACUUCUUCGAUACCUUUCCCACGCUCGAUGAAUUGCGCAAAGAGGUCAUUCCGCCGAUUGAAAAAGCUCUUCUGAGAGCCCCGGAAGUAGUAUUGAACGACAUCGUCGCCCCAAUGAUACUAGCACUUCCGGAAUCAAUGGACCUGUCCGAAGUGCUUCUUGGCAAUCUGCUGAAGCCGCUGCUCUCAAAUGUCAAGUCCACGAAUCCGACCAUCCGUGCAGGGGCUCUACGAACUUUCCAGGCGCUUGCUUCGCGGUCGAGCAAUGUCACCGCCCUCGGCAAAGUCGCAGACGAGAUCCUGAAUCCUCUGAAACAAGGGAAGGUCACUGGAGUGGAUCAGAAGGUUCUCCACGCCCAAAUGCUAACGGCUCUACCCCGCUCUGUGUCUUUAUCUCAGAAGAUCCCCAUUGGCAUGGCUCCGGUAGCACUCAAAGAACCCAAUGAGCCAGCCGUGGUGGCUGAAGUAUCUGCCUUGACCAAACAUCUCACAUUCGGCUUAGCCAACGGUGUCGCGCUUGACAAGUCCGUAUCCGAUGCCUUCCUCAAAGGAAUGGCGGACAAGCGCAUCCCAGUGCGCCGCCUAUGGGCUAUUCGAGCAGCGGAAAUCUGGUGGGAUCUUUCUUCUGAACAGUUCGCCCAGUCAGACAUUAUGGCUUUCUGUCAAGCUACUCUCCCAAAACUAGUGGAGAUGUGGCAGGAGGUCAUUGCUAACCCAGUUCCCGCUAGCCAGAGUGGCAUGGCCACCGUAGGUCACUAUGUGACCGCACUUCUUAUCGGCAAAGUCCGCGUCUUGGGGGAUGCGAAGCUCAUCUACAAGAAGACGGAUGUCGUUACGCAGUUGCUCACAAUCAAGCCAAAACCUUCGUUCUUGCUCAAUCCCAGAGUCUAUUCCAAACUCACCACUGAGGAAGAAGUUGAGAUAGCUCUGCGUGCUUUGACCGCUAUGGCGCCAUGGUUGUCUGAAGCCAACAUCUCACUUGAGGCGCGAGAUGCGUGGGCACAUGCCUUCAUAUUCUUCAUCGUUGCACAUGGCGUCUCGGCAAAGGCUAAAUCCGUAGCGAAAGAAGCACUGACGAAAACGUACCUUGGAGCGCCAGAGGCAACCAGUAGCAUCAUGAUCUCGGGAUGUUGGUCAUGGUACAAAUCGCACGAGCAAUCCGACAAAGAGAGUGCAGCAAUCGCAGCGAAAUCUGGUUCCAGCGACCUGCACACCGUACUUGGUUGUUUCUGUUUGCCCGAGGAGUCUAUGAAGAGACGCGGAGCGAGUUUGGACGUGGACGUGCUCUGCAAACAGUGUAUAGGGCUCCUUGUCCUGGCUCGGCCUGAGAUUGUGCCGCGGGUGUCUUGGAUUGACCUUUGUCUCAGGAUGGGGAUAGAUCCAGGUCAGCUCGCUCGGGAUUAUUUGGAAGAUUGUGUAGACCUGAUACACGACGCGACGACAAAUAAGGAAAAUGACAAGUUUCCGGUAAUCAGUCGAGCGGCAUACAAUGCUUACACAGAUCUCGCAUUCGUAUCUCCGGAGGUGGCAUUGCCCUUCAUUGUGGAUCAGUUCAGUCGGGAUCUUGAUCCGCGACAGCUGGACUCCGUAGGUCCAACCGAAGCUGCCAUCUUUCGGACUCCUGAAGGCACUGCAUACAUUGAUGUUCUGUCUAAGAAAGCACCGGUCACCCUGGACAAAAAUACGAAAGACUACGAUACUCUGAAGUGGGAGGAAGAGCUGCGAACUCAACUGGCCCAAAAGAAGGGCCAAACUAAGAGACUCACAGCGGACGAGCAAGCCAAGGUAAACGCACAGCUCGCGAAAGAGUCCGCUAUCCGGCAGGAGGUCGCUGAGAUAGAGCGGAAAAUGAAGCGGGGAGUUGGCAUUAUCCAGAGCCUGGCGACAGGUCCGCCAACCGAAGCAGAGCAGUGGAUGGGCCCGGCAGUUAAACUUCUCAUACAAGCCAUUCGUGCUGGAGUAGGUCUCAUACUCGGGGAUCGCCCUGCGAUGGCCUUCAUCAAGUGCUCUCAGAGGGUUUCACCGCGGCUUGGCGCUCUGAGACCUUUUGUCGGAGUCGCCACCCUGAGGACCAUUGGCUCGAUUCAACUGUCUGAAGAGUAUGAGGAAGAGGAUUUAGGAGAUCUGGUUACUAGGGUCCUCUACCGCCUCCGAUUCAUGAGCGAACAGCGACCUUUAGACGCCGUAUCCCUUGCUUACUGCUUUGUCCUCGUCUUCCUGGUGCUCGAGAAAGGCGGUAUUGGUCGGUCAUCAUCAGAAGACGCUGACGAGCAGCUUGUGCUAGCGCUAGAGUUUGUGUCAUUUCACACAGGGUCUUGCUCCGACGAUCGACUUCCGCGAAAAGAGCUGCUUGAGAUUCUCAUUUCUUCUAUGCAGCGAUACAAUCAACACUAUAAAAUGAUCAAAGAUUGCUUGAUGGACUUGUCCCGUGGCCUAGCUCCCAACAUUACCAACGAAGAGCUGGGGGCCUUACUUCGUGGGACUAUUGUACCCGAGAUAUCCGUUCGUACGGCAACAUUGCAAGCCAUCGACGCCGAACUUGAUAUGAACGACCUCACGUUCAGCGAGGAAAUCUGGUUGGCCUGCCAUGACGAUGUGCAAGAGAACGCCGAGCUCGCUCAGGCCAUCUGGGAAGACAAUGGACUUGAGUUGAAGGCGGAUGCCACAGCCAAGGUUACGCCAUACCUCGAGUCGUUGGAUAAGCAACUCAGGCGGGCAGCAGCACGUUCAAUGGGAGAGAUGGUGGCCAACUUCCCGGAGAUAUUUGAGGACCUCCUGAAGCACCUGCAGGAAUCCUACAAAGAGAAAGCAAAGCCCCGACUUCCAGAACGUGAUGAAUACGGCAUGCCGCGAAAAGUUGAUUUGCGAGACCCUUGGGAAGCCAGAGAUGGUACAGCUCUCGCUUUCAAGGAGAUGACGCCUGCCUUCAAAGACACAGACCUUGUCGACUUCUUUCAGUUCAUGGUCUAUGACGGGCCUCUGGGCGACCGAAACGCGACUGUACGAGAGGAGAUGAUCGACGCAGCUACAUCAGUCAUCACGACCAAAGCGCAGUCAAAAGUCGAGCCAUUAAUGGAGCUAUUCGAGAACGCACUUGAAGGUCCCGAUCGGAAGUCGGAGAUGUACGAUCAAGUUAACGAAGCCGUCAUCAUCCUUUACGGCGCAUUAGGUCGGCAUCUUAAGGCUGGAGACAAGCGUGUCCCGAAGGUCGUCCAGCGGCUCUUGGCCACUUUGAGCACGCCGUCAGAGACGGUACAAUAUGCCGUGGCACAAUGUCUACCGCCAUUGGUGCAAACAUCCGAACAAGAGCUUCCGGCCUAUGUCACACAGAUGAUAGAGCAGCUCCUUCAUUCAAAGAAGUACCCAACCCAGCGUGGGGCGGCCUACGGUCUCGCAGGCAUUGUUCGCGGGAAAGGGCUCGGAGUGCUCAAAGAGUACCGGAUCAUGUCCACACUCAAAAGUGCUGCCGAGAACAAGAAAGAAGUCCAUCAACGACAAGGUGCCUUUCUGGCCUAUGAGCUCUUCUCCCUCAUUCUCGGUCGAAUCUUCGAACCGUAUGUCAUCCAAAUACUUCCGCAGUUGCUUGCUGGGUUCGGCGACGCGAGCGCAGACGUCCGAGAAGCCUGUCUGGACGCUGCGAAAACCUGCUUUUCAACCCUUACUUCCUACGGCGUCAAACAAGUCCUGCCGCUUCUGCUAGAGGGCUUAGAUGACCACCAAUGGCGAAGCAAAAAGGGUGCCUGUGACUCGUUGGGAGCAAUGGCUUACCUUGAUCCACACCAGCUAUCUCUAAGCCUACCGGACAUCAUUCCGCCGUUGACGACGGUUCUCACCGACAGCCACAAAGAAGUGCGAGCCUCAGCCAACCGAAGCUUGCAGCGCUUCGGUGAAGUCAUCAGUAACCCGGAGAUCAAGAGUGUGGUGAACAUUCUGCUCAAGGCCUUGAGCGAUCCGACAAAAUACACGGACGACGCUCUUGAUGCGCUUAUUAAGGUGCAAUUCGCCCAUUAUCUUGAUGCCCCUUCUCUCGCCCUUGUCGUUCGUAUACUUGAACGAGGACUAGGCGAUCGAUCUGCGACGAAGCGGAAAGCAGCGCAGAUCAUCGGCAGCCUAGCACAUCUCACGGAGCGUAAGGAUCUCAUAUCGCAUUUGCCGAUCUUGGUGGCUGGCCUACGUAUAGCGAUCGUUGACCCUGUCCCAACGACGAGAGCAACAGCUUCAAAAGCGCUUGGUUCGCUUAUGGAGAAACUCGGAGAAGAUGCAUUGCCCGACCUCAUUCCAAGUCUUAUGGCUACACUCAAAUCAGACACGGGGGCUGGCGACAGGUUGGGAUCCGCCCAGGCACUCUCCGAGGUGCUCGCGGGCCUCGGGACGGGUCGCCUGGAGGAGACGUUGCCCAGCAUCCUGCAAAACGUGGCCAGCAGCAAGCCAUCUGUCCGCGAAGGGUUCAUGUCUCUCUUCAUUUUCUUGCCGGCUUGCUUCGGAAACAGUUUCGCAAACUACCUCAGCAAGAUCAUUCCACCUAUUCUAGGUGGUCUUGCGGAUGACGUUGAGUCAAUACGGGAGACUGCACUGCGUGCUGGCCGUCUCUUAGUCAAGAAUUUCGCUACGAAGGCUAUUGACCUCCUUCUCCCUGAGUUAGAGCGAGGCCUCGCGGACGAUAGCCACCGUAUUCGCCUUAGCUCCGUCGAGCUCGUGGGAGACCUGCUGUUCAAUCUCACUGGAAUCAGCGGUAAAGCAGAGCAAGAAGAGGUUGAAGAGGGCGCCAAAGAAGCUGGCCAAUCCCUUCUCGAAGCCCUUGGAGAAGAGAAACGCAACAAGGUCCUGUCCGCUCUGUACAUUUGCAGAUGUGACACAUCCGGCCUCGUCCGUUCCGCAGCUAUCAACGUCUGGAAGGCGUUGGUGGCGACACCACGCACUCUUCGCGAGCUCAUUCCUACGCUUACUCAGCUCAUCAUUCGGCGACUUGCCAGCUCGAACAUGGAGCAGAAGGUCAUUGCAGGCAACGCACUGGGAGAACUUAUCCGUAAGGCUGGCGACGGCGUUUUGGCAAGCUUGCUCCCUACUUUGGAAGAGGGCUUGCACUCCACCGAUACGGACGCUAAGCAAGGAAUCUGCAUGGCUCUGAAGGAGCUUAUAUCAGCGGCCUCGCCAGAGCAGCUUGAGGACUACGAGAAGACUUUGAUCCAAGUCGUUCGGUCGGCCUUGGUGGAUCCCAGCAGCGACGUCCGCGAAGCUGCAGCUGAAGCGUUCGACGCCCUGCAAGAGAUCCUUGGCAAGAGAGCUGUGGACCAGGUCCUCCCACACCUGCUCUCCCUUCUCCGGGGUGAAGAAGAUGCCCAGAACGCUCUGUCCGCUCUCCUCACUCUUCUUACAGACAACGCAAGAUCCAACAUCAUCCUACCGAACCUCCUACCAACACUACUCAAAUCGCCGAUGUCUAGCUUCAAUGCUCGGGCAAUCGCUUCCUUGGCUGAGGUAGCUAGCAGCGCAAUGACAAGGCGGCUCCCAGCCAUUCUCAAUACUAUCAUGGACAACGUCAUCGCUUGCAAGGAUGAAGAGCUGCGAUCUGAGCUUGAAGGCGCAUUCGAUAGUGUGCUACUAUCCGUUGACGAGUUCGACGGCCUCAACACAGCCAUGAGUGUUAUGCUUGCGCUGGCUAAGCACGACGAUGAACGUAGGCGGGCGAGAGCCGAUAUGCAUCUGGCCAAGUUCUUCGAGGAAACGGACGUUGACUUUUCACGAUACUACCCCGACCUUAUCCGGGCUCUCCUCGUCUCUUUUAGUGAUGGGGACAAAGAUGUGGUCAAAGCAGCAUGGACUGCUCUCACUGCACUGACCAAGCAACUGCGAAAAGAGGAGAUGGAAUCUCUCGUUAUCUCGACACGGCAGACACUUCAACAGGUUGGCGUUGCAGGGUCAAACCUUGCUGGCUUCUCGCUACCCAAGGGUAUCAACGCUAUCCUGCCAAUCUUCCUGCAAGGCCUCAUGAACGGCACGGUAGAGCAGCGAACACAAUCCGCCUUGGCCAUCUCGGACAUCAUCGAUCGAACGGAUGCCAAAGCAUUACAGCCAAAUGUUACCCAGAUCACCGGUCCGCUCAUCCGAGUGGUAACGGAGCGCUCUACGGAAGUCAAGGCAGCAAUUCUGCUCACCCUUAACAAUUUGCUUGAGAAGAUUCCCACGUUCUUGAAGCCAUUCUUACCGCAGCUUCAGCGGACCUUUGCCAAGUCGCUCGCUGAUACUACUUCCGAUGUUCUUCGAGCACGAGCUGCCAAGGCCCUUGGGACUCUAAUCAAGCUCACGCCUAGGGUUGAUCCUUUGAUUGCGGAACUGGUCACGGGAUCAAAAACGAGCGACCAGGCUGUCAAGACUGCUAUGUUGAAGGCAUUGUUCGAGGUAGUAAGUAAGGCUGGGAAGAACAUGAACGAGGCGAGCAGGAACGCGAUCCUGGGACUCAUUGACACCGACGCGGACGACUCCGAUGACGCGAUGGCGAUUACCAACGCUCGCCUCCUCGGCGCCCUGAUCGGCUGUCUCCCCGUAGACGGGGCCGCCAGCCUAAUCAAAACACGCGUUCUGACCACUCACUUCAGUAAAGCGUCCAUCUUUUCCCUCAACGCUAUCCUUUUGGACUCGCCGGAUGCCUUGACUGAAUCAUUUGCCGACGAGACAGUCAAUACCAUCUCCCAGGGCAUCGGACACUCGCAGCCUGUCAUCUCGGACAACUCCAUUCUGGCAGCAGGAAAGUAUUUGUUGGGCGAGCGAACGAACAAGACGUACGAUCACACAAAGCCGAUCUUCGAGGCGCUUGCACCAGUCAUUGAGCCUGGGAAUCCAGUGGAUUCGAGAAGGUUGGCACUCGUGGUUCUCAGGACGGUGGCCCGUCAACAUAAUGAGAUGGUCCGACCGCACAUCCCACUCCUUGCGCCGCCUGUCUUCGCCUCUGUGCGAGACCCUGUCAUUCCCGUUAAGCUCUCGGCUGAAGCUGCAUUCCUUGCCAUCUUCUCUGUUGUGGAUGAGGAGAGUGCGGUAUUUGAUAAAUACAUGGCAGGACCGGGCAAGAGCUUGUCUGCAGGCCAGCAGCGCAGCAUGGGCGAUUACUUCAAGCGUGUUGCGCUGAGGUUGGCCGGGCAAGCCAGAGAGCGUAAGGAAGCUGAGGGCGGUGCGGGAGGGCUUGGUCUGUCAAGCGAUGAGGUCGAGGACGAGAGGGAGCUAUGGAGUGUGGGCAUGGUAGAGCUGGGCGACGUUUUCGGCGAGUCGGGAUAAGUCUUCGCAUAAGUCGAAGGAGACGACAUCAUGAUUGUUCCGUUCUCUAGCGAGGGGCAUGAAUAUGUGGUGGCAGUGGCUUUGAGGUAUGGAAAAGCGCCUUCUUGGACAUGACUUUACAUUAGCUGGCGCAACAUGUAGAAAUAUGAAUCUAUGGCGUAC